AUGAAAACCACUAACACUGCUAGUAUCGCUACACCUCUGUUUACUUUAAAAUUCUAUUUUGCCGCAAAAACACAUUCCCCAGCUUGUGCUGGAUUGAGUGACCCAACUGCUUGUGAAUUAGUUCGUGUCAGUCACGAUAUGAAACAUGCUUUUGAACAGUCCGGUGGCGAUGAAAAAUCUUUUACUACCAAUCUGGUGUGUAGUAAUACAUCACGUGAAAUAUUACCUUCUUUUGUUAUUUAUUCAGCAAAGCAGUUGAAUUCCGACUGGGCAUUCGGAGGACCGUUUGAUUCGUAUUAUGGUGUUUCUGGAUCUGGUUGGAUUAAACUGCACGUACUAUUUAAAUUUUCGAACAAUAUCUGCGCUAGUUCAUCCGCCAGCGUUUUUAAACAAUUUGAGAAUUUCAUAAAAGAUAAGUGA